AGCAGCGAGCUCUCCCCCCCCAGCCCCUGGGGUGGGCACCAUGCUGUCCCAGCAGAAAGCCAGCCUGGCCGAGCCCCGCCGUGCCAGCCCCCCAGCCCACGUGCGAGUGUGCGUCCGCCUGCGCCCCUGCAGCCAGGGGGACCCCUGCAUCCGCGGCCUGGAUUCCCGCUCCCUGGAGAUCAUCAAUUGGAGGAACAAGAUGGAGACUAUACAGUAUGAGUUCGACACCUUCUAUGGUGAUCAAGCCACCCAGAAUGACAUCUACACCGGCUCCGUGCGGCCUGUCCUGUGCCACCUGCUGGAGGGGCAGAAUGCCAGUGUGCUGGCCUAUGGACGCACCGGUGCUGGUGAGUGAGGGGGAGGCUGAGCCCAGAGGCGGGGCAGGGGGCUGUGGAAGUCAUUUCUUGCCCCCCACCCCAGGUAAGACGCACACCA